UGUGACAUGUCAAAGACUUGCCUUUCCUCAGCUCACAAAGAUAUUCUCCCACAGUUGGUUUCUUCUGAAUGUCGUGAGAUUGUACCUUUGGCGUGUGCAUCUCUGAACCCUUUUCAGUUAACUGCCUGUAAAUGUUGAGGUUCAGGUUCGUGUUUUUCCACUUGGACAUGCAAUGCCGUUUAUCAGAAAGAUCAUCCUUUCUCCACUGAACUUCCCUUGGCAUCCCUGUCAAGACUCAUGUGGCCAUAUUUGCGUGGGUGUAUUUAUGGACUCUCUAUAUUCUUCCAUUGAUCUGUGUGUCUACCCUUUUCUAGGACAGGAGUCCUGAGUACUGCAGCUUUAUAGCAAGUCUAAAAAUUGGAUAGUGAGAUUUCCCCAAAUCUUUUCAUCUUUUUGAAAAAUUGAAAUUUCCACAUGAAUUGAAGAAUCAGCUUGUUAAUAUGUAUAUAGAUUUCCAUCAAGGAUUUCAAUCGGCCAGUGCAUUAAUUCUACACAUACAAGGCAAGUUGAGCAUAAUUGAAUUUUUUCCUUGUUGAAUUUUUCAAUCCAUGAACACAUUGUUGCUCUCCAUUUAACUAGGUCCUCUCUGCUUUCCUUCUUUAGCAUUGUAUACUCAUCAGCAUACAGAUUCUGUGAAUAUUUUCUUAGUUUUAUAUGUAACUAUUCCAGUGCAUUUGUGACUAUUACAGUGUUGUUUCUUAAAUUUAGGUUUCCAGUUGCUCAUAUGAUUGUUCUCUGUGUGUUGAAUUUGUCUUCUGUGUCUUUGUAACCUCACUUGUUCCCUCCAGGAGUUUGGGACAGAUACAUUGGAGUGUUCCGCGUAGAGGAUCAUGUGAUCUACGAAAGGGUCAUUUUUACUUCUUCUCUUCUCCUUUGUGUGCCGUUUGCUCUUCUGGCAUUAUUGCCCUGUCUGGGGACUCCAACAUGAAGUUGAAUAGUCACGGGGAGAGUGGCCAUCCUUGCUUUGUUCCCAACCUCAGGGAGAAAGCAUUCGGUCUUUGACCAUUAAGUGGAGUGUCAGUUGUAGGUUUUUCUGUACAUGCCCUAUGUCAGAUUUUGGAAGCUGUCUUCUACUCUUUAUGUGCUAGAGUUUCUAUAUAAUCAGUGGACUUUGAAUCUUGUCAAAUGGCUUUUCUGCACAUGCUGAUGUGAUCCUGUCAUUUUCCUUCUUCAUCUGAUCGCUCAAUCUGUGGAUUAUGUUGGUUGAUUUUCAGUUAUUGAAGGAAUAUCCGUUGUGUUCUUGUUAUAAAAUGUCCUCGAUCACAGUUUACAUGUAUUAUUAUUUUCAUUUAUUGCUAGAUUUGAGCUGCUAUUUUGUUGUUGAAGAAGAAUUUUGUGCCUGGUCUGUAGUUUUCUUGGUAUCGGUAUUGUGCUAGCCUCACAACAUCAGUUGGAAGUGUUCCCUCUGCCUUGUUUUCUGGAAGAAAUUGUACAGAAUUAGUGUUAUUGCUCCCUUUAACAUUUGUCAGGGAUCUUUUUGCAAAGGUUUUUACCUACAAACUCAGUUUCUUUAAGAGACACAGGACUGAGCAUGCAGUUUGAUGUUUGAACUACAUCUUGUGUGAGUUUCAGUAGCUCAUGGUUUUCCAGUAAGGGGUCCAUUUCACCUAAUGUGUAGAAUUUAUAGAGUUGUUUGCAGGAUUAAGACGUUGUCCCUUUUAUGUUUUCUGGGUCUGUAGUGAAAUCUCUUUUUUGAUUCCUGGUAUUGGUAACUUGUUGCUUCUCUCUGUUUUUCCCUGUCAGUGUUGCUACAGAUUCAUCAAUCAUAUUGAUCAUUUCAAAGAACCAGCUUUUGGCUUAAGUGAAGUUACCUAUUUUGUAUCUGUUUGGAAUUUCCUGGUUUUAUUUUGCUCCUAUAUUUUUAGGAAAAUAAACUCUCACUUACAUGCAUUGGGAGUUGUGAAAUGAUUUCCAUAGCAUGAGCAGCCUUUUCGACUAGAUGUAAAAUCAGUGCUCACAAAGGGGAAAAUCCAAAAGAAUGUAGCCCUGGGGUACGACAUUCAGGGCAAGUCUACUUUAUGAAAGGAGAUGAAUGCUUGUGAGAAGGGCACGUGCUAGUCACGCAUUGAUUGUUUUUAAAAUUACGCUUGAGGAUGGGUUGGAAAGUGUCAGCAAGGAAUUGACAUUGCUGAAUGCACUGCACCCUUUUGUAUUCCCGGUGACAGGGAUGCAAUGAUCGGUAUCAUUUCUAACACCUUUCCUGUAUGCCAUCCAUAUUCUAAGCUCUUGAGAUAUAUUAUCUCGGUUAAUCCUCAGAAGACUAGGUAGUGGGUCUCCUGAUUGUCCGCCUUUUACACCCAGGAAGUGGAAGGACAGAGAGGUUAAGUGAGGUGAAUAAUGACAGCUUUCCUUUCUUCUCUUAUUACUCUUUGUUUCAGACUGUCCACACACCUUCCUCGCUACCUUUGGGGUGUUUGAAAACCUCUAGCCUCACCUUCCUUUCCAGACACAAGGGCUAAGCGGAGCUUCCAGCUCAGACUAGACCUCCAUGGAUCCACUCCAGAAAUGGAGUCCAGUGUUGACCUCGGAAUCUUCUCAGCUGACAGCUGCAGAGACUUUGCAGGAGGGCACAGCAGCUUCUCGGCCUUCCUCCUCGGAGCAGCUAAUGAUGGGUCUGGGUAACCCACGCCCCAGUCCCGGCACCAGCCACCCUGCGCCUCUGCCAGAGGGGCUGCUCCAACAGCGGUACCGAGAGGAGAAGAGCCUGCAAGAGAGGCGGUGGGAAAGGCUGGCAUUCCCUCAGAGGAAGAAAGCAUUCCUGGGGCACCUGAGGCGGAGACACCGCGACCACAUGGCACCUUACCCGGUUGAGAGGGAAUCCAGGAUCUCUCCCUCAGGGAACAGAGAUCAGAAUCGAUUCCGAUGUGAGUGUCGAUACUGCCAGAGCCAUAGGCCAACUCUUUCUGGGAUCCCUGGGGAGAGAAGCGGGGCCCCCCCUGCUUCCUCCUGGGAGACGCUAGUGCAGGGCCUCAGUGGUCUGACCCUCAGCCUGGGUAGUAGCCAGCCCGGCCUUCUGCCAGAAGGGGCACUCCAGCAGCAGGAGAGAGAGGAGAAGUGCCAACUGGAGAGGCAGCAGGAGAGCAAAAGAGUGUUCCAGAGGCUGCUCAAACAGUGGUUAGAAGAAUACUGAGAUGCUUGUCAUCACACUACGGAGGUCGGAAGGGGUUCAGACAUAGAUGCAGUGUUGCCAGCUCCUGGGCGUGGGACCAGACAGUAAGCUCUAGUUGGAGGAUACCGAGACCUGUGUCAUGACUGGAAUCCUCCCAGCACGAUGCUGGAAGGAAGUUCCUACUCUCUUGUGCCUGUCAUUCCUGGAUCGCUGUGAGGCAUUCUGUGACAAGGGGAACUGCAUACCAAUGGUCCUCACCUCAUCUCAUGUGGCUCCUGUGGUGCAUGUUGUCACUUUCCCACCCUGGAUCGCCAUCUUUCCUCUCUACCUUGUUGUCAGUAAGAGAUAAAAUGUCUGUGUAGUGUGAUUGCCUUGUUGCUGUCUCUUGUUGCUGUGCUUUUGUGCCAUUUAACUGACUGCCUCCCAGAAGCAACGCUAAGUCUGUUGAAAUGCAGUGUGCUACCCUGAGGUCCAGUUUCAAGUACCAGAAGCUAAACAAGUGUGGGAAAGGGAUGUGGAAAAGAGAACUUGAUGGUUCACCAUUGUACUGUUUGUGUAAACUAUUAUGAAUAUGAUAAGCUAAAUGUAAGUAAAUGUUUCCCUGCUCUUUAACAAUCGAGUAGUAUUCCCCCUCGAAGGAAUUCCUGAUGGGGUACCUCAUCGUCAAUGCCAAAUAAAUGUAUGUAUGAAAGAAAGUGACUGUAGAAUUCAGGUUUGUUUAUCAGCGGUGGCUUGUUUCCUGUCAGAUCUGAGAACACUACCUUGAAAUCCCCAGUAGCGGCUCAGAGCUCACCAAGAGGAGCUCAGCCCUGUGGAGAUGCAAAACAGGGGAGUAGGGGGUGCACUAGAGAAUACAGUCCAGUCGCUGCCCGAGGCCC